AUGGUUAAAAGAUAUGGUAUUCAAUGUUGUACUCUCAUACAGCAGAACAAAUUUAAAGGAAAACCUUUAUGUAAUGUGUAUCCUAUGGAGCAACUCGAAACAAAAGUGAGCAAUCUGCAUAUUACGGAUAGUAAAGAGAAUAAUGGAGACAUCAUUGACGAUGACUAUUAUUGUAACAAUGAUUAUGAUUUGGAUGAAAAGAAGAAUACUAUCAUAAAAACAAGUUUGCAGAGAUCCAACACUCAAACUGUAUCAACAAAGGUAACAAAUUACCAACCUAAGCACAAACUGUUAUCUCGUUAUGCAAAUAAAAUUAAUUUGGAGAAAUAUGCGGGUCCGUCAUUACCAGGCCACGUGGCUAAUGUACUAAUCGAAAGUGAUAAACGGGUCGACAAAGAUCGCAUAAGGAUGAAAGAUAAAAGUGAUCAUGCAACAACUGAGAACGUAUUGGAUUCACGUAUCAAAAACAAACUGCACAAGCUGUUUGAGAAAGGAAUACUGGCAGAGAUAAAUGGUUGUAUUUCAACUGGGAAAGAAGCUAAUGUCUAUUAUGCCAAGUCGAAGAAUAAGGCAGAGAUCGCUAUUAAAAUAUACCGAACAUCCAUUUUGACAUUUAAAAAUCGGGAAAAGUAUAUCAGAGGUGAAUAUCGUUUCGACCACGUGCAUUCCCUGAGUAAUCCACGUAAAAUGGUAAAAGUCUGGGCAGAGAAGGAAUUUUCUAAUUUAAAGCGUCUGGAACAAGGAGGUGUCCGAGCACCACGGCCAAUUUUGUCCGGUGGUCACCUGUUGUUGAUGGAAUUCUUGGGAUCAGAUGGCUGGGCAGCACCCAAACUGAAGGACGCUGUACUUACAGAUUCAAAAUCAAGAAUAUUGUACAGGGAGUGUAUCGAAAUUAUGUGGAAGAUGUACAACAAGUGUAGACUUGUUCACGCUGACUUAAGUGAAUAUAACAUGCUCUAUCAUAACGGAUCAAUUAUAGUCAUUGACGUUUCACAAGCUGUAGAUCGUGAUCAUUGUAACGCAAUGGAAUUCCUUAGGAAUGACUGUAAUAAUAUCACAGCAUUUUUCAAAAAGUACGACGUGGGAGUUAUGUCACUUCAAGCAUUGUUUGACUUUAUAACAGACCCAACUAUAAACGAAAAUAAUAUGGAUGAAUAUCUGGAUAUAUGCAUAGAGAAGGAAAAUGAAAACAAGGAUUCUCAGCAACAGGAAAUAGAGGACGCAAUUUUUAAACAAGCUUACAUACCUCAAAGAUUGACUCAGGUGAUUAAUGUGGAACGCGAUAUAAAUCUUGCAAAAUCUGGGCAAGAUUUGAUUUACAAGACAUUGAUCGGCUUGAAAGCAGACUUAUCAAAGCCUGCGGAAAAACCGGAAAUACUUGCUAAUAAACACAAGACAGCUAGUAAAAGUACAAAGGAAGAAAGUGAUAUAUGUACCUCUUCUGAAAAGAGUAACGAUUCAGACAGCGAAAAUGAAAGUGAAACAGACAGUGAGGAUAAUAAGGUGAAAUUUGUAAGCUCGGCUAGGCCUAGAAAUGAAAGUCCCGAAAGUAGAAAAGCACGCAAGAAAGCAGUUAAGGAACAACAAGCCGAGAAGCGGAAAGUCAAGAUAAAAAAGCACGUGAAGAAACGUAAAAUAAAAGUAUCAAAAGGAGGAAAAUAA